CCCGCGCGCGGCAAUCCCCAUACGUUGUCUAGACUUCCUGUCGCCGGCCCUGCGUGCGGGUAUAAAAGAGUCUGAGUAAAGAGAUCGAGGGAAGGAAUAUUCGACAUCUUUGGUGCAGUUGAAAGUUGCACUGAAAAGCUAGCAGAAAUGACUCGAGCUUGUCCGGCAUACGAAAACGGUUCCAGCUCCAGGAGUGUCAAGUACAGCUCCAGCAGUAAGUCUAGUGCACUGCAGGCAUAGGGAGUCUUUCAGUGACCCAGCGGAUGAGCUUACUUCCACGUUUAUAUUUCACAGCUCACCUGCGGAGUCUCUCAGGCGGCGUGGGUAAAAGCUACCGACCCAGCUCUCCGGGCAGAAGCUUCAAGAUGUACACCAAGGCCCAGUCCACUGCUCAGUGCCUGCAAAUACUCAAGAGCCUUCUUCCUAACGCCAGACACCAAACAGAAUCCACUGAGUUGGAGCUAGUUAGAGAGACCAUCGCCUACAUCACUCACCUGGAGAACAUUCUGAGACCGCCCCCUGCAGCGGAGGAAGAAGAGGCAACGGCAGAGGACCAGAUGCAGCCAUCUGCAGUAGCUGCAGCUACAGCAAUGCUGCAGGAGAUGAGGGUGUAAUUAGAGGGCCUUCCCCUAACCCCAGAUCCAAAGCACUUCCUUCCCAGCUCACUCUUCUCUCCCCAGUCCAUCUAUCAGAGAGAGAGAGAGGGGAGAGGGAAGAUAGGAUGGCAGAGCACCUCAUAGGCUGGCUCAGUUAACAUUCUAGCUUGAUCCACUAGUGAAAAAUGUGUCACAUUGUCUCCAUUGUCUGUAAUCACUUGUCUCUCAAUGAAUUGAUGUGUAAGUAUUGCUAUUACUGGUAAUUGGGACUUACUCAUGGCUGCAGCAAUAUCUCAGAUUUGUAAUGCAGGUGUAUAUGAACCUGGUAUAAACAUCACAAUGGAUUGAGC